AGUGCCGGACACAGAGGAGCAGGAGGCGAGGUCCGCCGGAGCUCCGAGCCCCCGCCACUCUGCUGCGCGGUGACCCCGCGCCCCGGCGCCGUCCGACCCGUGGCUGUUGAGAGACGAUUGGUGGGGGCGCGGCGGCGGCUGGUGGGGGUGGGGAGACGCGCGGCGAGGAGACGAGCGAGGUCAGCGAGUUUGAGCGAGGACCGCGAGCCGCUGCCGCCGUCAUGUCCGAGGACUCGAGCGCCCUGCCCUGGUCCAUCAACAGGGACGAUUACGAGCUGCAGGAGGUGAUCGGGAGUGGAGCAACUGCUGUGGUCCAAGCAGCUUAUUGUGCCCCUAAAAAGGAGAAAGUGGCAAUCAAACGGAUAAACCUUGAGAAAUGUCAAACUAGCAUGGAUGAGCUCCUGAAAGAAAUUCAAGCCAUGAGUCAAUGCCAUCAUCCUAAUAUUGUAUCUUACUACACGUCUUUUGUGGUAAAAGAUGAGCUGUGGCUUGUCAUGAAACUGCUAAGUGGAGUGACACACUGGAGAAACUGGAUUGCUUUGUUAAAGGCCCUGUUCAUAUGAUGGUUGGAAGCCUUGCUAACACCAACCACCUUUCAAGAUGGUGGUCAAGCGUGGUUCUUUCUGUAUGGAGAGAUAUGGGAGUAUUAGGUUCUGUUCUGGAUAUUAUUAAGCACAUUGUGGCAAAAGGGGAACACAAAAGUGGAGUCCUGGAUGAAUCUACCAUUGCUACUAUACUACGAGAAGUACUGGAAGGGCUGGAAUAUCUGCAUAAAAAUGGACAGAUCCACAGAGAUGUGAAAGCUGGAAACAUUCUUCUUGGAGAAGAUGGCUCAGUACAGAUUGCAGACUUUGGGGUUAGUGCUUUUUUAGCAACUGGUGGUGAUAUUACCCGAAAUAAAGUGAGAAAGACCUUUGUUGGCACCCCUUGUUGGAUGGCACCUGAAGUUAUGGAACAGGUCCGAGGUUAUGAUUUCAAAGCUGAUAUUUGGAGUUUUGGAAUUACAGCAAUUGAAUUGGCCACAGGGGCAGCUCCUUAUCAUAAAUAUCCACCAAUGAAGGUCUUAAUGCUGACACUGCAGAAUGAUCCUCCUUCUUUGGAAACUGGUGUUCAAGAUAAAGAAAUGCUGAAAAAAUACGGAAAAUCAUUUAGAAAAAUGAUUUCAUUGUGCCUUCAAAAAGAUCCAGAAAAAAGACCAACAGCAGCAGAACUGUUAAGGCACAAAUUUUUCCAGAAAGCAAAGAAUAAAGAAUUUCUUCAAGAAAAAAUAUUGCAGAGAGCACCAACCAUUUCUGAAAGAGCAAAAAAGGUUCGGAGAGUACCAGGUUCCAGUGGCCGUCUUCAUAAGACAGAGGAUGGAGGCUGGGAGUGGAGUGAUGAUGAAUUUGAUGAAGAAAGUGAGGAAGGGAAGGCAGCAAUUUCACAACUCAGGUCUCCCCGAGUGAAAGAAUCAAUAUCAAAUUCUGAGCUGUUUCCAACAACUGAUCCUGUGGGUACUUUGCUCCAAGUUCCAGAGCAGAUCUCUGCUCAUCUACCUCAGCCAGCUGGGCAGAUGCCUACACAGCCAACUCAAGUCUCUGUCCCACCCGCCGCAGAGCCAGCAAAACCAGCUCAGGCUUUGUCUUCAGGAUCAGGUUCACAAGAAACCAAGAUCCCAAUCAGUCUGGUACUAAGAUUAAGGAAUUCCAAAAAAGAACUAAAUGAUAUUCGAUUUGAAUUUACUCCUGGAAGAGAUACAGCGGAGGGUGUCUCACAGGAACUCAUUUCUGCUGGCCUGGUUGACGGAAGGGAUUUAGUAAUAGUGGCAGCAAAUUUGCAGAAAAUUGUGGAAGAACCUCAAUCAAAUCGAUCUGUCACUUUCAAACUGGCAUCUGGUGUCGAAGGCUCAGAUAUUCCUGAUGAUGGUAAACUAAUAGGAUUUGCCCAGCUCAGCAUCAGCUAAACCACAGCCCUGGAAGAGGUGGCCCAAGGAGAUUCCACACAUGCGUAUCUCUGUUGCUUCUGUUGGCCUGAACCCACUACUGCCAAAGAACCCAGCAACAAACCUCCCAGCUAGGAGCUUUAGAAGUCUUUCUUUAUGUUCUUCCUGCCAUCAUUCCUCCUUUUCCCACAGGGAAAGUAAAGUUGGAUCACCAGUGGCCAGCAUCCCCAGAGUUCCGUUAGUAAACUUACUUCAUAUGUCCCCUGUCUUCCUCCAUCUGAGAAGUGGCCCAUGUGCUUCAAGGCCCAGGAGGGAGAUCUGUCAGCUCAUUCUUGCCUUACUCCAGUGAUGGCCCAGGUGGAAAAGUAGCAGCUAUAUUGGGCUUCCUCAUCCUGCCUGUUCUCCCACACCUGCCAGGAUAUGGACAUCUUGGGAUAUCUCUUUACCACUGAAGUAGAAU